CCCGCCCCUCCAUAAUGCAGCAUGGGCAAAAAAUUCCAGAUUCGGUAGCUUCAGCUGAGGGAGCAAACUCCUUUUGAGAAAUAUUUGGCCGAUUAAACAAAAGUAAUGUUCCAACAAUGCCGAUAGUAGAUAAACUCAAGGAGGCGCUGAAACCCGGUCGGAAGGAGACGGGCGACGACGGCGACCUGAACAAGCUGCUGGCUUCUUCCGCCAAGAAGGUGCUCCUGCAGAAAAUCGAGUUUGAGCCCGCCACCAAGGGUUUCUCCUACCAGCUGGACAGCCUGAAGAACAAGUAUGUGAUCCUCAAUCCCAGAACCGAGGGCGCCACGGGCCAGAGAGCUGCGGAGCCGGCUCAAAUCAAGAGGCAAGCGUCUGAAAAUGUGAUCAGCAGCCAGGGCGACGGGGUCCCGGCCCCGCAGAAGAUGCUCUUCCCUGGGAACAAGCUCAAUCUGAAAUGGGAGCGCGUGUACAGGGUGGGAGCUGGUCUCCACAACCUCGGAAACACCUGCUUCCUCAACUCCACUGUCCAGUGUCUCACCUACACCCCGCCGCUCGCCAACUACCUGCUCUCAAAGGAGCACAGUCGGGCCUGCCACCAGUCAGGCUUCUGUAUGAUCUGUGUGAUGCAGAACCAUAUCAUCCAAGCCUUCGCCAACACGGGCAACGCCAUUAAGCCCGUCUCCUUCAUCAGAGACCUGAAAAAAAUCGCUCGCCAUUUUCGCUUCGGAAGCCAAGAGGACGCCCAUGAGUUUCUGCGGUACACCAUCGAUGCCAUGCAGAAAGCCUGUCUCAAUGGAUACCCUAAACUCGAUAGACAGACUCAAGCCACCACACUGGUUCACCAGAUCUUUGGAGGUUACCUCAGGUCAAGAGUGAAAUGCUCCAUCUGCAAAAGUGUGUCGGACACGUACGACCCGUACCUGGACAUUGCAGUGGAGAUCCGGCAAGCAGCGAACAUAGUGCGAGCCCUGGAGCUGUUUGUCAAACCUGACGUCUUGAGUGGGGAGAAUGCCUACAUGUGUGCCAAGUGCAAAAAGAAAGUGCCAGCCACCAAGCGCUUCACUGUCCACCGGACAUCCAACGUCCUCACCCUUUCUCUGAAGAGGUUUGCAAACUUUAGCGGAGGAAAAAUAACCAAGGACGUCGGUUAUCCAGAAUUUCUAAACAUCCGCCCCUACAUGUCUCAGAGCUCAGGCGACCCAGUUAUGUACGGUUUAUACGCCGUCUUGGUGCAUUCCGGCUACAGCUGUCACGCCGGUCACUACUACUGUUAUGUCAAGGCGAGCAACGGACAGUGGUACCAAAUGAACGAUUCCAUGGUUCACUCCAGCAACAUCAAAGUGGUUUUGAACCAGCAGGCUUACGUGCUGUUCUACCUGCGGAUCCCGGAGUCAAAGAGGAACGCAGACGGGCAGACCACCAAGCAGGGAAUGCUGCAUUCUGGGAAGAACAGCGCAUCAUCCGAGCAGAUAAAGAGGGCAAACUUAAACGGGCCUCUAUCUUCAUUGCAAGAUACCAAGAAACUCGAGCCUGCCCAGCUGCGUAAGAUCCAGUCCAUGGACGGCGGCUUGGGUCUGCCCGUUUCCAGGAACGGCGUGAACUCCCAGCCCAGACUGUCCAACUGGACGUCAUCCUCCAACGGCCUGUCGAAGGUGCCGGGCGGACCCACGGUCAUAGAGGAGCCCUUCAAGAAGGUCAACAAGCCCUCUCCUCAGAGCCAGGCGCAGUCCCGCAGCACCACGCCGACCCCUUCCAACAACGGGGUCGGGAGGACGGACGGGGAGAAAAAGCAGAGCGGCGAGGGCAGAGGGAUGGCAGCAUCUACCUCAUUCAAGUCUCUGUCUGACUCUUCCUCUGCUGACACCACCGACUCAAAGGAGUCGGUCGGUACGAAAAGCGAGCCCGCCAGAGAGACCCCCUCGACUCCUCGGAAGGGCUCCAGCAGCGUGGCGUCUCCGGCCCGGAGCGUGGAGCGCUCCCAGAGCACGGAGGAGCAAAAGACGGCCAAAUUAAAACCCCCGGCACUCAACAACAUCACAGCCGAAGCCACCAGCGCCAUGUCUCCACCACCUGCCAAGAAGCUGGCCCUCUCAGCCAAGAAGGCUUACAGUCAGAGUCCGAGCAACAUUGAUGCUCUGCGCCAUGCGCCUAAGCGGCUGCCCACUGACCCCAUGCAUCAAACUCAACUUAAAUCACCCGCCACCGCCUCAGCCAAUCACAAUUACAGAGUCAGCCCAUUUAAUCCUCCUAAAGCCCAGUUCUCACCUUUUGCCCACUCAUGCGGCCCCCUAGCGCAGAAGAGCCCCCACGAACAGCCAUUUUCCUCCAUACCGCAAAAACCAAAAGCCAGCCUUUCUCACAAAACCAAUGGCCUUCACAGUCCAACGAGCCCCAAGUCUUCCAGCAACCUCAGCCCCGCAGCUCCAGAGCCAGACCUCGACCCUCUGGCUCAGGACGUCAGCCCAAAGAAGAAGAAAAAGAAGAAGAAGAAGCGACGACACUCCGAGGCAAUGGGCGACGCGGAGACUUUUACGUCCUCGGCUCCUGCCACACCGUCCAGCCCCACCGAGUCUACGCACGAGAAGAAGAGCAAGAAGAAGAAGAAGAAGAAGCGGAAACACGAGGGAGAGGGUGCGGAAAAAUCGGAACUGAGGGAGUGCGUCCAGUCUCAUUUGGACACGUCGAAUCAAGAGGAGGAUUGGUGUCAGAGCGGCUUGUGGAGUCUAACAUCUCCGUCGGAGCAAAAGGUUCGGCUUUCCCCCACCGGCUCGACGCAGUCCGAGUCAAAUCAGAAAGAACAGCAAACUGACCCUGUGAAGAAAAAGAAGAAGAAAAAGAAGAUGAGACAUGAACAGGAGGAGGCUACGCACUCCACAUCAGAAAGGGAUCCAGAGAUGAAAAUCGCAGGUUUUCCUAAUGAUGCAGAAGAUUUAAUAAAGAUGAACAAUAAACUGACUAUAAAGAAGAAGAAGAAAAAGCUAAAAGUAGAGCUGCGAGAGGAGAGAAAAUGUUCUGAAGAUGAAUCGGGAGAAGAACCCGCCUCCAAAAAGAUCUCAACAGAGGACAGAAAAGGUGGCAAGGAAAGUACAGUGGUGCUGUGGGACAGCCAGGUGAGGGACGGCUACAAACGCAGCAGGGCGCCGGCGGCUGACGGAAGCGCUUCGGCGAAGACCCCGAGCCGCGUUGCUCCUGCAUCCUGGGACGGGAAAAAGAGCAGCGCCGUCGUGGAAGAGCUCCUCAAGAACUCCACGGAUAAAGCCUACGGAGCCAACGUCCUCAGCUGGGAUGGCGAGGUGUCUGCUGUCAGUAAGGAUGCAAUUGAAGAUGUCCGCAGCGCCAUGUGUGACACGGUGAUUGAUGAGUGGGAUGAGGACUUUGACCAAGGAAAGGUGAAGAAAGUCAAGAACUACAAAAGAGAGAAGUGGAGGGGCGGCGGCAGCAUCUUCCAGAAGAUCCAGGACAGGCGGAACAAGUGGUCGGUAACACCCGGAGCCAAGCGAGUUUUCGGAGCGCGGCGCUGAGGUCCUGCUGCCGGAAACGUUGGACAGCUACACUGUAAACCAAACGUCCGUUCUCCGGUUUUCAUCUCCGUCUGCUGUGUUCACGAUUGUUUCCCAAAUUCACGGGAACAGCAUGUGCCACAAGCAGCCCACUGACACUCUGACCAGUCCUAACGUAUAAAAUGUUGCCUUUUUAUUGGUUCAUUAAACAAAAAAAGAUGUAUGAUGUAUCAAUGUCACAUGAAUUGCUGAGUGUCCACAUCCUUUGAGCCUUAGUUACGGUGUUUAGAACUGCUCUAAAAGGAAAUAAACACUGUAAUCGUGAGGAUUUCGCUGUAACACGUUGGCUGUCUUGUGUCCGACUUCACGCGGUCUCUGCUGGCAUAAGGGCUCUCGAGUUAAGACCUUAACGAAGAGACGUUUGUUUUAACCCAUCCCCUAGAUGUAUCCUUCUAUACCAAAUCAUACAGUGAUUUAAGUCUUUUAAUUCCUUUGCGGAUUUUUUAUUUUAUUUUAUUUUUUAAGUUGGUGCUAUCUGUUUUCUUUUGGACCAAAUUUUGCCUGCGUAUGGCUGGUAAAAUUGUGGUUUAAAUUUCUAGAUUUUUUAUAUAUAUAUAUAUAUAUAUAUAUAUAUAUAUAUAUAUAUAUAUAUAUAUAUAUAUAUAUAUAUAUAUAUAUAUAUUGCAUGCUUGACUGAACAAAUGUAAGUUUAAUUUGCCUGUUGCUUUGAAUGAGUUUCAUGUCAUUUAGUUAUCCUGUACCACAAAAAAAGCCUAGUAAGAUUACAUUGACACCUUAGUAUGCAAUUCGCCUUCUUGUAGGCGAGUGGGUCGGAUUUCCGAGGGAACCAGAUAUGUACAGGUUAUUUUAUUUUUUAUUUUUUUUCUUCUACAACUGAGCAUCUCAAUUGUUCGUUCAGAGGCCUCCAAUCUGGAAAUGGGACCUUCCUGUUCUCUACAAAAACCACAACAAGGAUCAUUUCAGUCUGUCAUGUCAGACAGGGCAUCAGAGGGGGACGUGAUCGUUUCUUUUCCCAUGUAACUUUUUAUUACUAUGCAAUCUUCUGACCGUCACGCUGGUCAUGUAAAAAAAACCGGGCUGAGACUCAGGAACGCGGACCUCCUGUACGCCAUGCAUUCACCCUACGUCCAGAUCAACCUUAUCCUCCUCCUGUUUCAUUUCAGCGCAGCUAUUCUACCUGGACCACCACGAUUGCAUCCUGUACAUCUUGUAGAAACGUUUUUUUUUUUUUUUUCGGGGGGGUUUGUAUACGAACAAUUGUUUUCCGAGCGCGGGAAACCAUCGGGGACAGAAACGCGUAGAAAACCGCUUCGCCAACGUAGAAGACUGUACAGUCCGUCUUGUGCUACCUGCAUCACCCUUAAAUGCUUUGAAGAGUUGCCCAAAGCAUUUCUUUUCAUUCUAGAGAUGUUGCCUUGAAUUGGCUACAACUAUAGGAUUUAAUGUUAUAAAUAUCUAAUUUAAAGAACAAAAGACAGAUCUUUUAUUGUUCUAAUGAUAAGUUGAUGGAUGUUGACUUGAGAAUUUACCUGCAAAUGUGUUUGUGUAUAAGAGUUACCUGUUUUCAUGCAAGUUCUCUGCUGCCUCUGUAGUAUGCAUACAGAGCAGGGGAGGGGGGGUGGAGCAGUCUUAACUUCUGUAGGACUUUGUCAUCAACUGUGAACUCAUAACGUAGGCUAUAUGACUCUCAAAGAGGCUCAGAGGAACAUUUCGCAUCAGUGUUUGCAACGAUUCUGUUUUGCACCGUUUUUUUUUUUUUUUUGUUUGUUUUUUUUUUCUGACCAGGAAUGAGAACUUUCAUAAUGAAAGAAGCUCUUACCACAAUACAGUUAAGUAAAAAAGGUGCAAUAAAGUUGUGACUUUUG